CAGCUCCUCUCUCUCCCUCUCUCUCUCUCUCUCUCUCUCUCUCUCCCUCCUACUCUUUCACACUCUCUUUUUCUUUCUUUCCUUCUUGCUUCAGUUUAGGACACCCAUCCCCGCCUCCUUACACGGCGGCGUCUCUGUACCCUUUUGAGAGAUUAAAGGCUUCAACUUUAUCAAAGUCUUAUAUUUGAAGUGAUUCUCUGUUUAACAUAAUAAGAGUUCAUUUAUUCAACGUAAAAAGCUUUCAACUUUGAAGACGCAACAACUGACAAAUUUUAGCAUAAAAGUUUCAGCUUUUUUCUAUACACAGGACAAAAAUAAAGAGAGAGGCUUUUGGGUUUUUCUCUGCUGACAAAAACUUCAAUUAAAGUCGUCUUGUUGGCUUUCACUGAACUUUUCUUUUCGGUUGAAGUUUGAGUGAUUUUGGAGUUGGGUAUUUUCCUUUUUUGUGUUGCUCCACCGUAAGGUGAAAGAUUUCUUCUUUAGCUUCUCUGGCAAUGCAGGCUUUGAACUCUUGUCCUUAAAAAUCAUUUGGUUUUGGGAAUGGAAUCUUUGAUCAGUUACCUACCCCAGACAAGGUAAAGAAACCACUCUCCACUCUAGAAUUGGGCUCUCAACAUCAAUUCUGCAGUCGUGGGAAGCUUCACUCAUUACAUAUCUGUCUAUCAUCUAUGAAAUUAAUGAUUGGAGAAUAAGGGGUAGAGGUGAAAAAGAUGAUGGAAAAUAAAAGAAGUCCAUGCUCUGUCGACCAGGGCACUCUCACUUCUCUUGCGACCAAACGGCAUAAGGCUGAUCUUUCUAUCUCCACAAAGGAGAGAAAAGAGAAGCUUGGUGAACGCAUUGUCGCUCUUCAGCAGCUUGUUUCACCUUAUGGGAAGACAGAUACUGCAUCUGUCCUUCUGGAGGCAAUGGAAUACAUCCGAUUUCUUCACGAACAAGUUAAGGUGUUGAGUGCUCCAUACCUCCAAGGUGCACCAACAACUCAGAUGCAGGAAUUAGAGCAAUACAGUCUGAGAAAUAGAGGCUUAUGUCUUGUACCAAUCACUUGCACUAUCGGAGUUGAUCGCAGCAAUGGAGCUGAUAUCUGGGCCCCCAUCAAGAACACUUCUCCGAAAUUUGAGAAGGCUAUUUAAUAAUUCCAUUGCUAAUCAACAUUGGAAGAUCGCUUACAGUGUCUACAAUGCUUGGUGGUAUAAAAGGGUAACCAACUUAAUUAAUGCACAGCAAAUUUUUGUCAGGCAGAAGCAACUUCGAGAGGUGCAAAAAUAGUCUUACAAGUAUGGUGGUUUCAAAGAACCAAUCUGAGAUGUAGUAGUUCAUUGCUAUUCUAUUCUGACUUUAGCUGGUAAUGGGAUGUAGCCCUUCUAAUAUGUAUGGGUAUCUCUUCUGAUUAGGCAGAAUAUGUAUUUAUAAACCUCACUUGUAUAAUGAUCCUAACAAAGGAUUAAUGAAAUAUAUGGGGGUGGUUCCUGGUUUAUUUCUUA